AUGGCUGAAAAAUACGUGUAUAAAUCGUUUUUUACAGAAAAGAAGAGUUUUACCGACAUCGACAUAGCCUUCCAGCCUAAUCUAAUACUGCUUAAUGUUCAAUGCUUAAAUAUUGACAAAGUCAAUCACCUACAUGGUAUGGUAUCUGACUAUGCAAGAGUGAAGUUCUUCUGCCUAACUGAAACUUGGGCUACAGCUGAAUCACUUAAUAAUUUUGUUAUUGAGAAUUUUCAGCCAAAUAUAAAUAUAAUUCUCUAUGGCGACUUCAAUGUAGAUUCUUAUAAUCAUAACGACGAUAAUGAGGCACUUGUGAAUGCACUGUCUGAGUUUGGCUUGCAUCCACAGGUAGGUUGGCCAACAAGGAUUGGGCGCACGUCUAUCACAACGAUAGACCAAGUUUUCACCAACUUCAAUGAUAAAUGUUUGAAUUGCGUUGUUGAUAAUGUAAUAUCUGACCAUAGAACAGUACUUAUAGAAAUUAUGGAAUGUCCUUAA